AUGACUACAGAACUGGAUUCUAAUCAAAUGAUGCAUGGUGGUCAUUAUAAUAAUGGAUCUGGCAGUUCAGACAAGUCGCAUACUUUAAAAGACGCACAGAGACUCCAUCGUGAUGAUUUAGAUGGCGUAAUACGUCAAAAUGAUAUAACAGGCGGCGGAGUGAACAGUAAACCAAAGAAGAACAAUAGUGAGGUAGUGGAGUACGUAUCGUCAGAUGAUCCUCCGCCAAUUCCGCAUGUUGAAGUCAAUCAAGUUCCUCUUACCAUGUCGAUACGAAAUCUGACGGUAUAUACCGUAACAGAACUAUCACAGUUUAUGAAAACUAAUGUUCACUCCAAUCCUGGGAAAUUAACCUCAAUGAAGAAGCUUAAGUUUUUACAGCUGAUAAUUUUUUUGAGGAAUCAAUUUUUAAAAUUAUAUGUCCUAUUGAAGUGGUGUCGCACGAUUAAGAAUAACAAUUUUCACACAAUGAUUGAUGUUUUGAAUUGGUUUAGAGUCACUAAUGCCACUGUGAACAACUGUAUAUGGGCUCUCAGGAACAAUUUGACAGCAAUGUCUAAUGCUAAGUUGCCCAACGUUGACUUGGUCACUGCAUUGGAAGUUUUGAGUUUAGGGAGAACCAACUUGCCUACACAUAAUUUCAAAAUCAGUGGCGAGCAAGAAGUUUCUGAACAACCAACAAAUGGUGUAGAGACUAUACCAACAAGACUCAUUUUGCAAAGGCUUAAGGAUUUGAACUUAGGAGUAUCAUUGAAGAUGGCACUUGUCGAAGUACCGGAGCAGUUCCACGAUUACACAAUAAAAAAUGGGCGAAUAUACAUUACAGUACAAGAACAAUUCGAAAUUCAAUUGGCAACUAUAGAUUGUCAUUCACCGCUUUUUUUCGUUGACUUAAAGUUUUUAUUUGUUAGCCAUAUGUUACCUCUUAAUAAAGCAAGAAUUGAAAAGGUCAUUAAUGAAAUACUUUACAAAAGUAAUAAACCAUUGGUAAGUCUAUACAACUUCCUCCACAAAUAUGUACUCACAUUACAGCUCUACAUGGUUCACACAGAGCUUCUGAAACUAGAAAGUAGCGGGAAAUUUUCUGGAGGUAAUUUGCUUCAUAGGUAUGAUUCGAAAAGGAGCAGAAUCUCAAUCAAGUAUUGGAUUCAUUCAAAAAUGGGUCAAAAGGCUACCAUCACAAUUGGUGUUGACCGCCGUACGCGAAAUCUCAUUUUGAAGUGGAAUAAUCCCAUGGCCAACCAAUCACGCAUACCAACAGUUUACAGUGAUAUUUUACAAAAUCUGGAGGCAAUUCUUGAUGAGAUAAUGUUCAAUCACUCGCAUAUAAUAAAGGCAGACCUUUUAGCCAAAGAUGUUUUCCAGGAAGAUGAAGAAAAUCCAGACGUCCUUCUUUUUCAAAUUCCAACUACUUGUAUUUCUAUGGCUCCAGUUCAACUGAAGAUAGACUUGAUCACCGGUGUUUUUUAUUUCAGAAAUCCAACGGCCCUUUUAUCAAAAUACGUCAGUAGAAUUAACAGAGCAGAAAAUGCGGAUGAGUUGACCAGGGUACUUCAAAGGUUAAAGCUUGAAAAGAUUACACACGCAUUAAGGAACAUGUUCGAGAAAACUGGUUGGGUUUGUAGCAAAGUCAUCAAACUUGAUCAACCAAUCAUUAGCCAACAACAUGUGGAAGUUGCUUAUGCUAAUUCGUCAGAUUUACUCCAGGAUGACAUCUUCACUAGACUGCCGAGUUGGUUGGCAAAUUGGUAUUUGAUCUUAACAGUAGUCUCAUCAAAUAAAUCCUGCAUAAUCGAAAAACGUGUGGGUAAAGUCAUUUCUGUUAGGGGAAAAUGGGAGCUAUCGUAUUUGAGUAAUACAGGUGUCACCUCUGCAAAGUUGGAAUCGAUUACAUAUCAAAAAGUUUUGCAUUUACAAAAGGCCAUAUUUCAUAAAAUUAUAAAUCACACAUUAAUUGACUCAUUGAAUCAAUUGAAGAUUCGGAAUACAGCAUGUCGUGUGGAUGCAUUGUCCUCACCCCUUCCCGAAUAUAUCACAUGCCCAGUCAAACCAUCAAAUGAAUUGAACGGCUCGGCAUUACCCACCAGCACUAAUAAAACUCAACCAGGAGCUGAUAAUACAUCCACCCCUAUCAUUACUUUAGAGCUCGAAUCCUUUUUGGAAGGAUCUAAAGCUUUGAAUGAUAUUCUAGAAAGCUCGAUGUUUAUGAAGUUCGACUACAUAAAUUCAGAGAUACAUCUGUUUGCAAAGUUCAAACGGAACACGAUGAUGAUCAAAUGCACAUGUGAUGAAUUGCUGAUUCAUUUUGUCCCUAAAGACCCCUUAACAUUCUACUUAAGUGAGAAUUUCACCAACCUGAAUGAUAUCAUCCAAUGUUUGACGAAAUUCAGAAAAAAAUUGAUGCAAUUAGUUGUACUCACAGAUGUUGUUGAAAGGCUACACAAAAACUUUGCUUCGGAGAAUUUCAGGAUUGUUGCACUGAAGCCUAAUGAAGUUUCUUUCAAAUACUUGGUGCAUAGUUCGGAUGACCGGGAUUGCACCAUUAGCAUUAAAACAAAUGAGCAAACCGUAGAGAAGCUAGAAGUUAAACUCUCUCCAGGUAAUCCGCAAUACAUUGUUCAACCAUUCAUCGAUAAUGAAGGCCUGGACUGUCAAUUCAUUUUCAAUUACCUACAGUUCACGUCGUCAUUAUUCACAACUUUAAAAGUGAUUCUUUCCGAAGACAAAGAGAAUUCUGAAUGUUUCACAAUGAUCAAUUUGGGUCUGCACAACCUUCGUGAAUACCAGCUCUUGUAUCAUAACCCCGAAUCUGGCACAAAAAUCACCCUUAUAAUAGAGCUGAAAGGUGUAUUUCACAAUGGUCGGAACAAGACUCAAUUUUACGUGCAUUUUUCAGACGAGGAACACAUAUCUACUAAAUCUCUGGCAUAUCCGCUGGUGCAUCAAGUUCGCAACCAGAUAUUUAUGUUAGAUACAAAGGAAGCCCUGGCAAGCAAUCGUGAGAUCAAGUACCGUAAUGCCAUAAAACUGGGUGACGGUAUAGCAUGCGACCCAUCGGACAUUGGACCUGUUUUGCAAGAAAUUCACAGUAUUCUCAAGACAGAUAGUAACAUUACUUACGAAAAUGAUUCCCGCACAACCCUGAAUGCGGCACCCGUCGCGGGUAGUAAUAAGUUCAAAUCUAACUCAAAUUCUACUCUCACCUCAAAUGUCAAUGGAACCGGAAUCGAAAAUGGUGAUAGCAAAGUUACUCCUAUUACAGCAUCUUGGGAUUUUUCAUCGCCGGCAAGCGCAUCACGGGGAACCCGGGGAACUCUCGUGCCAAAAACUGAUAAAAUGCGGGAUGAAAGAGAAUAA